GAACAACCCCACUGUCAUCCUCGGGCGCCGCGGUAAUAUGAGUAAUAAGCAAACUUUGGUACCUCACCUUCACUAAGUUGGUUGACAGACUCCACUUGGGAUGAGUUGGCAAGUUUAGGGAGAAAAAGCCAGGAAGGAUCCGUGGCUCCGACGACCGACAACGGUACUGUACGGAGUACGUUUUCUGCCAAGUGCCAAUUGCCCCUGACGAUUAUCAUUGGGCCAGCUGCGAGCAAAAAAGACCAUGAUAUUUUUCUCCACUGCCAAUGAAACCUUCUGGAAUCGUUGGCCUCCCUUUUUAUUCUUGCCCACACGACAACUUGCUAUUAUUCCUGCGGUGGAGCUGGACCACCGCAGGUGGACUCAGGUCCUCGAGGUCUUCCACGCUAGCACGAAUACUACCUCCACGAUUUGGACUCGUCACAUUAUAAUCGAUGCCCUCGUGGAGACUGAUGAGAGGUUAAGCCGCCCCCUCCUCUCCCCGCCUGUGAUCGAGUCGUACGGCGUACAACAAGGUAGGCUAGGGCCUAGAGUACUUUCGGCGUGCAGAACAGAAUAUGCACUUCUUAUAAUAUGUACAUACGAUCAAGCGGACCUUGCAUUGCCAGUGAAUCAUGGCCAACCGACUGGCUUGCGUCUACCGUGCCCACAGUUGACUUUUAAAUGGUGCUGCUUCUCACUCCACUUCGCAAUCUUCGAACUAAUGGUCUGAGUCCAUUCAACUUUGGGUCGGGGGGAGGGUGGAAGGCGGAUAUUCUUAGAUCAACGCGAAGCGAAAUGACCUCAGCCAGGCUUCAAUCUCGUUCGCAGCAGAGCACAAAUCCGUACUUGUCUUUGAGUUCCGGAGACAUGUCGAUCUGCGACAUUUGUCUUGGAU